AUGGACUUCAAGCACAAGGACUCGAAGCACCAGACGCAAGUGUAUCUGGAAAGGCGCAGCCUGUUGGUGCUGGAGGGCGACGCACGGUACGAGUGGAUGCACGCCGUGGCCAGGCGGGCGGAGGACGUCGUGGGCGACACUGUCAUCCCCAGAGGCACGCGCUUGUCGCUCACCUUCCGCCGCGUCCUCGACCAGGCCAAGCCAACACCAUAA